AUGUUGGAUGAGUAUAACGAAAAGCUAGCUGGUGUUCAGGAAUGCGUCAACCACCUAACCUGCAACACUGCAAUCAAUGUGGCAAGUUACACCAGUUUACUUCGCGGUUAUCAUAGACGCGGUGUGGAUGGUGAUCGUAAUUUGGGUGUCUUUAGUGAUUAUCCUACAUACGAGGAAGCAGCUGCGGCGGCACUUAACGACCACGGUAACAUCCCAGACGUUGGACACAUGGACGGUGUGGAAGGAGGAUAUAAUACUUCACCAAGCGUAUUUUGGUGGCAGCGGCACAGGCUUGGAGGCUAA